UACUUCCCAUCCUACGCUUUAUCGGGUAUCAACGCUUAGGGUUUUGACCAGAAUUCUCUUCCUUUUUUUUUCUUUUUUUUCCCCAGCUUCGUGGUAAUUGUUACGACAUCGCGAUAUUUUUCGUACAUCAACCAUCCGAAAUUACCCCUUAAUUCACGACAUAUUCUCGAAGCAUCUAGCCAUAUGCUAUGCUUGAAAUAACCUCGCAAGCGAUUAUGAAUCUACCUAACCCUUCGCAUAGGGGUUUCGGAAGCAUGCUGGGGGUUUCGCCUUGUCAUGGCCAAUCAAACUGAACUUGAAUUGAAGACCUUCGAACUUUCUAACGGGCUUUCGGGUUCUUCUCUAUCCGUAACUUCUCUUGCGAUGAUUUCCGGUCUUCCAUCCCAGCAUUCUUCGGAGGAGCUUUGUCAAUUGAUACAGUCAAAGAAGCUGUGGCUCAUGUCUCCAGGUGUCUGCCGAAUACAAAUAAUCGUAGACCGACAGCAAUUAUCGAUGCUAUUAGACAAUACCGAGGCUUAUUUCGCAUUCCUAGAGCAUCUAGCUGACGCGAUCUGUCAAUGUUCCUUAUGGGCUUCCCUUGGUCUUACGAUCAAACAAGAGGAUAUCCAAUACGAACCGCCGUACGAAGGGGCACCGAAUCUUUAUUUUAUUAUCGAGCAUCCACAGAAGUCAUCGAUGCUACUCUCGCCUCCGCAAAGCCCUACUGCUCGCUUCAAUGGGAUAGAGUGUCUCUUUCGGUAUCAGUCAGGCGAUCCGGAGGUUUCCAGUACUGCGACCGAACUUCCAGAUACACAAGACACAAUCAUAGGCGACCAUUCCCCUAUGACAGCAUUACACGCUCUAGAGUCGAUCAGUGACACCUAUGGAGAUGUCAUGCCGCUUACUUACUGGGGGGAACCAUUCGCAAAUAUGCCUGCAAAUCAGGCGUUACACCCGUGGGAUGAUGCGACUCAUCUAGCUGAAAUGGCCUUACAUGUAACCAUUGGCAUUAAGAAGCGUAUACGUGGUUUGCGGCUGUUCCAUCUCGACACUAAGCCAUCAUUACUCGAACUAGCCCCUACUAUUUGGAACGCGCAUUAUCUCAAGGCGGUGACAUCCCAUGUUACAAAAUUCCCUCUUAUUUCCAACAUUUUAGCAUCGUCUACUCGAAGUCGAUCAUCGUCUCUACGGCAAAAGAGCAAGAAGUUAUUAUUUGAUGAUGCUUCGAGCCAUCAGCCCACAAUAGAAACAGGGACUGAGACAGAUCUAAAUAUCAUCUAUCGGAGUUCCAUUGAGAGGAGGCUUUGGAACUUAGUACAAACAUCACUCGACCCGACCACACGCACCAAAAGUGCUGGUAGAAACACUGACCCACAAUUAGAUGAGGUCUCCGACGAACCCUACGUGCUUGUGCCUCUAGAGGUGGACCAUUUUGAUGCAUUUGAAUAUGGCAUUUCAGAUAACACAUUAGGAAGCAUCGGAUUCAGUGGUAUGCCUAGCGAGAGAUUCCCACCAUAUCUGAUGUCGACAUAUCAACCCCCGGAUAACGGCAACGGGUAUAAUACAGUAUCGGGACACCCACGACGGUGGUGCGAAGAUGAGGACGUGGAAUGUACCGAUGAAGAUCUUCCUCCGGAAAUUACUGGUGAAGCGGAGGAAAUCCGCAACUCGCCUCAUUCUAAUCACGAGAGUUCUUUCUAUAAUCAAUCCUCGAGUUCUAGAGAUUCACGAAGCAUUCCAGCUUCCCAAGGGCAUAUUUUCAAUGGUUCCGGCAAUCUUACAGUAGAUGAAGAUCUAGAUAUGCCAGACUAUUUUGACGAUAUGGAGAACAUACACGAUACCAUUGAGGAACCAUCAUUUGAGCAACAAAUUGUGGCCAAAGAGGAGACACUGCGGGAAAGCGGAUAUAGCAGUGAUGUUAACGGUCCUAUAGAAGAAGAGUAUUACCUGAAGGAAGAACAGGUAGAUUCUCAGGACAUAGAAAUGUAUAAACAAUAUUGAUAAACAUAUAAACGGUAAAUACAUAAUAUUAUAAGUGCUAGACGCGGCCCGCUGUCAUCGAAGCACCCCUAAAUAUCCCCUUAUCCUCGAAUCUAUUGUCCUCCUAUUUCCCAAAAUUCUAAACCCAUCACUCUUCCUGGGGACCGCGCCUACUAAGACUCGUGGUUG